AUUGAAUUGCGCUGGAGUGAAUGAGAGCUUUGGGGUCCACUAAUGACAAUCCAAUUACUAUAAAGUAUAAACCAGUCCUGAGCUUGAAGGCUUCUACUUUUCCGAAAUAAUUUUCAAAAAAUUACACAAUCAUCAUCAUGCUCAGCCUCGAUCCAGGCGUUUUUCUUCGCUCUUCCUUCGUUAUUGGUCCGGACACGUGCUCUCAUCAGGGCGACGUGGAUGAAUAGGCGGCCGCAAAGAGAAGUAGACUGUCACCUGUUUUUAUAGUCGGACGACUUCGAGGACGCUGAACCUGAAGCCAUGAGUGCGUCCAGCAAGAAUGCGGACGUGAUUGCAUGUGCGGCCGACACGGCGACGUCUCCUGGAACGAAGCCGGUCGCAUGCCUCGCCCAGUUUCACUUGUUACUGUACUGCAACAGCUAUUUUUGCUACUUUUUCUUUUUCACCACACUGACACUCCUGCUGUACAAAAAAGCGGUGCUCGACUACCCAGCGGGCCGGGUGGAGGCCGAGGUGUUUCUGCUUUUUCUGUACCUCCCCGUGCAGGCAGCGCGGUACUUUUUCGCGAACAGCGCUUUCAGUUUCGAAAACGCCAUGAAGAGAAACAACUACUUGCUCGCGUUCGGUGCCUUGACCAUGCCGAUGCUGAUGUUCCACGGCUACUGGAUGCAAAACCAGAGUUACGUCCUCCGACUCGACGAGGCGCUGAACGGCGUCACGAUAGGAGUAUUGGCUUCGUAGCUUUGCUGAGAUUUUACUAGUAAAAUGAUGAGGAUCUUCGCGAUGUUCUAUGAACAUGUUGCUAUUGCUAGUUCAUUUAAACUUGGUUUGUUCAACAUCCGGAGUUAGUUUACUUAUUCAGUUCGUGUUCAUCGUGCCUAGGUCGGUUGAUAAAGUUGUGUCCCCUUUUUACUUUCUGCCCUGCGCCUGUAUUUUUGACACUCAACCGAAUCAACACACUCAUCAGGUGCUACUGGUGGAGCUCUUUCUCGGGAUGCUCGAGGCGUUGCUAGUGCUCCCAACGGCGCGCCUGGACGAGGUGAGUUGCAUAAUACGCGUGGCAGUAGUGAUCGCCUUGAACGUCAGUGUUUUGACGAUAACUCUAGCAGUCGGAGAAAAAAUGCUCCCACAGAAACAGCCACACACGACGUGACACAAAGGAGAUAGGUACUACUUAGCCACUGCAUCCGACGCAAUACUCCAGGAAAAGGAAUAACUGCAAUAAUGCUCGAAAAGAAAUGCGCCUGUUUCCGAUCUUAUUUGUUGUCACAGACACGAUCAACCGUUACUGAUCACCCCGAUUACGAUUUUCAGCAAGUGUCGAUCAGAUAUUUAAACUAGAGAAACAUACGCAAAGUACAGA